AUGUCUACUGAACUCGCUAACUUAACUGAUACUUUCAGUUGCCAAAAAUUCAGAUGUUCUGGUCGUGGUAUUUUAUUACCAUUUGGUAUUGAAGCAUGUAUGUCAAUACCAUUACGAGCCACGCUUUAUUUUAUAUUUUUACUCUAUCUUUUCCUUGGCAUUGCUAUUAUUGCUGAUAUAUUUAUGUCAUCUAUUGAAACAAUAACAUCAAAAAGACGAAAAAUACGUUAUCCAAGUCCGGGUGAAAAAGAUAAAUUUAUAACUGUUGAAGUUCAUUUAUGGAAUGAUACAGUUGCUAAUUUAACAUUAAUGGCACUUGGUUCAAGCGCACCCGAAAUUCUUUUAUCAAUUAUUGAAGUUGUUGGUAAUCGUUUUGAAGCAGGAGAACUUGGUCCUGGAACUAUUGUUGGUUCUGCUGCUUACAAUCUUUUAAUGAUUUCUGCCUUAUGUAUAGCAUCAAUUAAAGCUCCUGAAACACGAAAAGUCAAAUUAUAUAGCGUUUUUAUGAUCACAUCGUUUUUUGGUUUCUUUGCUUAUAUAUGGAUGUUCAUAGUUUUAUCGGUUAUAUCAAAAGAUGUUGUUGAUCUUUGGGAAGCUGUUAUUACAUUUCUUAUGUUUCCACUGGUUGUCAUAUUAGCUUUUCUGGCUGAAAAGAACUUUUAUGCUUCAAGCAAAAUUGACAUGGAAGAAGAGGAACAAACACUCAUAUUAACACCACCUGAGCUUGAUCAAUCUGGUGCUGUACGUGGUUUUCGUAAAGAUGAACUUCUUCAAUUUUUACGUGAUCUCGGUCAAUCAACAAAUUUAUCAAUGGAAGAUAAGGCACAAUUAUUUUCUGCUAAAUUAAGUGAAAGUAUGCCUCGAUCACGUAUGCAAUAUCGUAUUCAAGGCGCAAGAAUGCUUACCGGUGGUAAAUCUUUAUUUGUCAAUCUACCCGACAAACUUCAAGAGAUAUAUCAACGAGCCGUCAAACCACAGUCAUCGGAUGGGACUUUGCCACUUGACCAUCAGAUUGGUGGUCGAAAGGGAACUUUAUCGAAAAUAGACUUUGAUGAUGACCCACAUAUGGUUAUUCUUGAGUUUGCUUCAUCCAGUUAUGCUGUACUUGAACAGGAGCAGCGUGUAACUGUCGAAGUCGUCAGACACGGUGAUACUAAUUCUGUUAUUCAGUUUCGGCUUGAUACGAUUGAUGGAACAGCAACAGCUGGUGAAGAUUAUAUAAAAUUAUCUGAAGAAUUUAGAAUGGAACGUGGUCAACAAGAAAAGAAAAUAACUAUUCAUAUUAUUGAUGAUAAUCAAUGGGAACCAGAUGAAACAUUUUUUGUUAAAUUAUCAUUACCUGAAGGUGAAGAAAAUCGCACAAAAUUAGGUUCAAAAACAGUUGCACUUGUAACAAUUAUUAAUGAUGAUGAUCCGGGUUAUAUUGAAUUCGAAGAAACAAUUAAUUUAGUAAAAGAAAGUGUUGGAAAAGCAGAACUUAAAGUUGCGCGUGUCAAUGGUGCUGAUGGAAAAGUUUCAGUACAUUAUCGAACGAAAGAUAUUGAUGCUGUCGGAACAAAAGAUUAUGAGCCUGCUGAUAAUGAAUUAGUAUUUGAACAUGGUGAAAUAUCAAAAAUAAUUUCAAUACCAAUUAUGAAUGAUCUUGAAGCAGAAAAAGAUGAAAGUUUUUCUGUUGAACUAUAUAAUCCAACAGGUGGUGCACAAAUAGGAAAACAUGCAAAAACAGUUGUCACAAUUAUCAAUGAUGAUGAUUAUAAAACAAUGGCAAAUAAAAUGGCAUCACUUGUUCAAGUUGAUUUGGAUAAAUUAAGUGUAACAAAAACAUCGUGGGGAGAACAAUUUCAAAAUGCUAUGAAUGUCAAUGGUGGUGAUUUAGAAACAGCAAAAUUUGGUCAUUAUAUUGCUCAUACACUUGCAUUUUUUUGGAAAGUUCUUUUUGCCUUUGUACCUCCAACAUCAAUGGCUGGUGGUUGGUUAACAUUUUUUGUUUCACUUUUUUUUAUUGCUGUUCUUACGGCAAUUGUUGGUGAUGUAGCUGCUAUAUUUGGUUGUCUUGUUGGAUUAAAGGAUAGUAUAACAGCCAUUUCAUUUGUUGCACUUGGUACAUCAUUACCUGAUACAUUUGCAUCUAUGAUUGCAGCAAAAAAUUCGAAAUCAGCUGAUGAUGCUAUUGGUAAUAUAACAGGAUCUAAUAGUGUUAAUGUAUUUCUUGGUCUUGGACUUCCUUGGCUUGUUGCUGCUAUUUAUUGGGAAUCGAAAAACCUUCCAUUUACAGUUAAAGCGGGCGAUCUAUCAUUCAGUGUGCUUGUCUUUUCUGUUUGUUGUGUUCUUGGUAUGAGUGUACUUAUUAUGCGUCGAUUUGUAGGCUUUUUUGGUAAAGCUGAAUUAGGUGGACCGACAAUACCGAAAUAUUUAUGUUCAGGAUUUUUCGUUCUUCUCUGGAUUGGUUAUUUAGUACUGUCAAGUCUUCAAGCAUAUGGAUAUAUUAAAUGGUCAAGUUAA